CACCAUCCCAUCUCCCAUCACCUCCCCCCCUUCGCCGCCCGCAAUGUCAAACUAUCUGGACCGCUUCCGAACAGCCGCUCAAAAAGCCGGCACCCAAGCCACCACCUUUGCCAGUCAAGCCUCCCGCCAGCUGAGCGAACAAGCCAAAAUCGCCCAAGCAGGCUUCUCCCUCCCCAAGGAAUGCCAGCGCGCAGCCACUAUUCUUCAGGGUUUCCUCGCCGACCCUUCCCACCCGGAUACGGCACUCAACGCUAUCCCCAAGGCGGUGCUCAAUAACGCCAAAGGGCUGGCAGUCUUCUCUGUUGCUAAGGCUGGGUUCUUGUGGAGUGGAAAGGUCGGCUCAGGGGUCGUGGUUGCUAGGCUCGAGGAUGGGAGUUGGAGUGCUCCGAGUUGUAUAGCUACGGGUGGUGUGGGAUUCGGAUUCCAGAUCGGCGCCGACAUCUCUGAAUUCGUCGUCGUCAUGAACAGUCACGACGCCGUACGUUCCUUUGCGCUGGCAGGUAAUCUCCAGAUCGGCGGCUCUCUCAGCGCGUCAGCAGGUCCCAUCGGUACAGGAGGUGCCAUCCAGUCUGCCCUGGCUCAUCCAGCACCCAUGUUCAGCUACUCGAGGUCAAAGGGCCUCUUUGCCGGCAUCUCCCUCGAGGGUACGCUCCUCGUCGAACGAAAGGACGCCAAUCGCGACUUUUACGGUCAGGUGAUCCCUGCCGCUGACUUGCUGGGAGGCAAAGUGCCUGCACCCGAGGCUGCGAGCGCCUUGUACGAGGUCGUCGAAGCGGCAGAGGCCAUCGAUGAGACUGGGCUGCCUGAGCAGGCCUUUGUGCCUCAAGCGCCGGACAUGGGAGGCCAAGCAGCAGCAGCAGAUACGGGGGCAUAUGACCUUGGUGGAAAUGGCGGCGGAGGUGCAGCAGCAGCGAGCGCGGUACCGGCUGGGGCAGCCCCCACAUCAACGGCAGGAGCAGCGGGAAAGAAGCAGGCGACGGUCUUUGACGCAGACGCAGCAGAGCAAGAGAAGCAGUAGGUGCGGCGCUAGAGGAAGAUGCGAUGACGAUGUAGUGCAUAUGAAUACUACCCUUCCCUUCGACUCUCCCGAACUUGCUAUCUCCAUGCGCUCCUGUACUCUGUCAACCUCUGCGUAAUCCGCUUCCAGUCUGCGGCGUCGUGUGAGGGAAGCGGGAUGAUGCGUAACGCUGCGCCCUGCCCGCUUCCUUCUGACGUCAAGGACGCUGAGAACCCCUCCCUCUUCGGUGGCGUGA